AAACUACAGUUUGCCGAGUUGCAGUUCUCCUGUGCCAAGUUGCAUCAGAUAAUAAAAGGUAUAAAAGCCGGUUCAAGUGAAACGUUUUAUCUUUCUCUUUCAGAGAUUGGAAGUUUUAUGGUGUUUCCGGUACGCUGACAGCAGGAGACAAGACGAACCGUCCAGAUGAAGCUGUUUGUGAGUGAAGGCAGUCCGCAGUGUGUGAAAGUGUUGGCAGCGCUCGUGCACACAGGGGUGACAUGUGACGUGCAGAUGCUCAGCCACGAGGAAAGCGUGGUGUCCUUCCUGAGUCACCCAGUCCUCCCAGCUUUGCUGCUACCCAGCGGCCAGCAACUGUUCAGUGCUAAUGCCAUCUGCCAAUAUCUGUUUGAGGUUGGCGGGAACGAGAUCACUGAUGCCAGCAGGCAAUUAUUGGAAUGGGAAGCUACAGAAUUGCAGCCUGUGCUGCUUCAGGCCCUCCAUGUGGCCAUGCUGCAGGGGAAGAAGAGCGAGGCCGGCACACUGCUGAAAAACCCUCUGAGCUGGCUGGAGCAACAUCUGGGUGAAAAAAACACACAGUUUCUAACUGCAGAGACAGUCGGAGUUGCAGAUAUCGUCUUGUGGGCAGCACUGUACCCCGUUCUGUCUGACUCAGCUUUGGAAGCCGGUGAGCUGCGUUCUGUUCGAGGCUGGUUUGAGCGUGUAAGUCCCCUCCCAGCAUGCACCAAAGCAGUUCAGAAGAUUCUGCCUGGGAAGGAGCUUAAUGCUAUGAAGAAUUUCCUUCAAAAGCAACCAGCACCACAUGCACAGCGAAGGGAAAACCUGCCCAGUGAGAUCGAAGACACAGAGCAUGUGAUGACCGAAGAGGAGAUCGAGGUAGCCGCUCAGGCUUGGAGUAAAGGACUACCAGAGUGUGAUGAGCCCGUAAAAAGGCAACACCCUAUUUUACCUAAGGAAGGGAAGCGUAAUGUGCUGGUAACCAGCGCACUGCCGUACGUCAACAACGUGCCUCAUCUUGGCAACAUCAUCGGUUGCGUGCUCAGCGCUGAUGUGUUCUCCAGAUAUGGCCGUUUGCGUGACUGGAACCUGCUGUAUGUGUGCGGGACAGACGAGUAUGGCACCGCAACAGAGAAUAAGGCUCUUGAGGAGGGUAUAACGCCCCAACAGAUCUGCGACAAAUACUUUGCAGUUCACAGUGCCAUCUACAAGUGGUUCCAGAUCGACUUUGACUAUUUCGGCCGCACCACCACUCAGCAACAGACAGAAAUUUCACAGAACAUAUUCUUUCGUUUAUAUGAGCGGGGAUUUCUGCACGAGGACAUAGUGGAGCAGCUGCGCUGUGAGAACUGCCAGCGCUUCCUAGCUGAUCGCUUUGUGGAGGGUGUGUGUCCUAACUGCAAAUAUCCCGAAGCCAGAGGGGACCAGUGUGAUAAGUGUGGCCGACUCAUUAACGCUGUGGAUCUCAAGGAUCCGCAGUGUAAGGUGUGUGGACAGACUCCUGUGAUUCGCACAUCUAAGCACUUGUUUCUCGACCUUCCCAAGCUAGAAGGAGAGCUGGAGACAUGGCUGGAGCAGUCUUGUAAUACUGGUGACUGGACAGCGAACGCUAAGCAGAUCACUCGCUCAUGGAUAAGAGACGGCCUGAAGCCACGCUGCAUCACACGAGAUCUGAAGUGGGGGACACCUGUACCACUCCCAGAAUAUAGUGAGAAGGUGUUUUACGUCUGGUUCGAUGCCCCCAUCGGCUACCUCUCCAUAACGGCCAACUACACCAGCGAAUGGGAGAAAUGGUGGAAGAACCCACAACAGGUGGAGCUGUACAACUUCAUGGCAAAAGACAAUGUUCCAUUCCACAGUGUGGUGUUCCCAUGCUCUCUGCUCGGCUCACAGGACAACUACACGCUUGUCAACCAUCUCAUCGCUACAGAAUAUUUGAACUAUGAGGAUACAAAGUUCUCAAAGAGCCGUGGCAUUGGAGUGUUUGGAGACAUGGCUAAGGACACCGGCAUUCCGUCUGAUGUUUGGCGUUUCUACCUGACAUACGUGAGACCUGAGGGCCAGGAUUCCACCUUCUCUUGGGCUGACCUGGCUCUGAAGAACAACUCGGAACUGCUCAAUAACCUGGGCAAUUUUAUCAACAGGGCAGGCAUGUUUGUGAGUAAGUUCUUUAAUGGCUGUGUGCCGGAGAUUGUUCUGCAGGAUGAAGACAAGCGUCUUAUCGCUCAGGUGUCCUGGGAGCUUAAGCAGUACAUCCAGUUGCUGGACAAAGUCAGGAUUCGUGAUGCCCUGAAGAGCAUUCUCAACAUCUCCCGCCAUGGCAACCAGUAUAUUCAGAGUAAUGAACCCUGGAAGAAGAUCAAAGGAGGAGAUGUGGACAGGAAACGUGCAGGCACAGUAACCGGCGUGUCGGUGAAUGUGGCGUGUCUCCUUUCUGCAGUGUUGGAGCCGUACAUGCCCACAGUCAGUCAGACCAUCCGUGCCCAGCUGCAAGCUCCAGAUAAUUGUGCCACUGCCAUGCUGGGUGCUGAGGGCUGUUUCCUCCGAAGCCUUCCAACCGGCCACCAAAUCGGCACGGUCAGACCUUUGUUCCAGAAGCUGGAGCCUGAGCAAAUUGAGAUACUGAGAAAGAAAUUUGGAGGACAACAGCCGGAGGAGGAGACCCCUACGGGAAAGACGGGUCCCAGUAACAAGAUAAGCCCCACAGAGACCAAGUCUCCCACUGCCGCCGAACCUAACGCCAGUAAAGGAAAUAAGUGACAAGAGGAGGAGUAGGAAUGAGGAGACCAUUGUUUGGGUGUACCAUAUGAAGUUACAUUGUGCAGGGAUUUUUAUUUUAUUUUUUUAAAGAAUCAUUGUGAAUGAACGUAUAACAAGAAUCAAGUUGACGUUACUGCUGCCAAGGCCACCAUGUUAACAUCAUAAUAAAACUGCUAAUGUAGUAAUGCAA